AUGACUACCGCUCACCGCCCUACGUUCGAUCCGGCCCGAGGCAAGGAAGCCCUCCGCGGGCCGGCAUACCACCAACGCCUCCUGCCGGCGCACACCCAGCUCAAGUUCCGCCAGGCCGGCCAGGGCGGCGAUGCCGACGAUGAGGCCCGCGACCUCCGUGCUGAACUCCUCGCUGCCGAGGCUGCCCACUUCGCCAAGAAGAACGGCGGUGUGCCCCCCCCUUCCGCAAACGACGACACCGACGCGCCCGCCGGCGGCGUGAAGCGCGCACUCGAGGCCGGGUCACAAGCAGACGGCGAGGAAGACUUUGAAACAAAACGGAGGAGGAUACUAGAAGAGUCGCGAGACAUCGACGCGUCCUCGGACGAGGAGGAAGAAGAGGACGACGACGAUGACAGCGACGACGACAGCGAUGACGAGGAGGCGGAGCUGCAGCGCGAGAUGGAGAAGAUCCGGCGAGAGAGGGCGGAGAAGAGGGAGCGCGAGGAGCGGGAGAGGGCCAAGGUCGAGGAGGAGGCCAGGGAGAGGGACAUCGCGCUGGGCAACCCGCUGCUGAACAAGCCCGACUUCAACAUGAAGCGGCGAUGGGACGACGAUGUCGUCUUCAAGAACCAGGCGAGGGGCACGGAGGACAAGGGGAAGAGCAAGGAAUUCAUCAACGAUCUCCUGCGUUCCGACUUCCACAAACGAUUCAUGAGCAAGUAUGUUAGAUAG